CUUUUAUUUUGAAGUGCAGUCGCCUCAUCCAUCACUUCCGUAUCUCCUCCUUUGCUGCAUGAGUGUUUCUGGCUGCAGGUUUCAGAUAAAUCAUCAUGUCUAUAGAGGUGGAAUCUGCAGACGUGAUCCGUCUGAUCAUGCAGUACUUGAAGGAGAACAAUCUGCACCGGACCCUCGCCUCCCUGCAGGAGGAGACCACGGUGUCUCUGAACACGGUGGACAGCAUCGAGAGUUUUGUAGCGGACAUCAACAGCGGACACUGGGAUACCGUCCUGCAGGCCAUCCAGUCCCUCAAGCUGCCAGAUAAAACCCUGAUCGACCUCUAUGAGCAGGUCGUGUUGGAGCUGAUAGAGCUGAGAGAGCUCGGCGCGGCGCGUUCCCUCCUCAGACAGACGGACCCCAUGAUCAUGCUGAAGCAGACCCAACCGGAGAGAUACAUCCACCUGGAGAACCUGCUGGCCCGCUCCUACUUUGAUCCCCGAGAGGCGUAUCCUGACGGCAGCAGUAAGGAGAAGCGCCGGGCGGCCAUUGCUCAGGCGUUGGCCGGAGAAGUGAGCGUGGUGCCUCCAUCCCGUCUCAUGGCUCUGCUGGGACAGUCUCUGAAGUGGCAGCAGCAUCAGGGGCUCCUUCCUCCUGGAAUGACCAUCGACUUGUUCAGAGGAAAGGCUGCUGUCAAAGACGUGGAGGAGGAGCGUUUUCCCACUCAGCUCUGCCGCCACAUCAAGUUUGGACAGAAGUCUCACGUGGAGUGUGGUCGGUUCUCCCCCGACGGUCAGUAUCUGGUCACCGGAUCCGUGGACGGCUUCAUCGAAGUCUGGAACUUCACAACCGGAAAGAUCAGAAAGGAUCUGAAGUAUCAGGCUCAGGAUAACUUCAUGAUGAUGGACGACGCCGUGCUGUGUAUGGGCUUCAGCCGGGACACUGAGAUGUUGGCCACCGGCGCUCAGGACGGGAAGAUUAAGGUGUGGAAGAUCCAGAGUGGCCAGUGCCUGCGUAGGUUUGAGCGCGCUCACAGCAAAGGCGUGACCUGCGUGAGUUUCUGUAAGGACAGCAGCCAGCUGCUGAGCGCCUCCUUCGACCAGACCAUCAGGAUCCACGGGUUGAAGUCUGGCAAAACUCUGAAGGAGUUUCGGGGUCACACGUCCUUCGUCAACGAGGCCACCUUCACGCCGGACGGCCAUCACGUCAUCAGCGCCUCGUCUGACGGCACGGUGAAGCUGUGGAACGUGAAGACCACCGAGUGCAGCAGCACCUUCAAACCUCUGGGCACGUCCGCCGGCACCGACAUCACGGUCAACAACGUCCUCCUGCUGCCCAAGAACCCGGAGCACUUCGUGGUUUGUAACCGCUCCAACACGGUGGUCAUCAUGAACAUGCAGGGACAGAUCGUGAGGAGCUUCAGCUCCGGAAAGAGGGAGGGCGGAGACUUCGUGUGCUGCACGCUGUCGCCGCGCGGCGAGUGGAUCUACUGCGUGGGCGAAGACUUUGUGCUUUACUGCUUCAGCACGGUGACGGGCAAACUGGAGAGAACGCUCACGGUCCACGAAAAGGAUGUGAUCGGCAUCGCCCACCACCCCCACCAGAACCUGAUCGGCACGUACAGCGAGGACGGCCUGCUGAAGCUCUGGAAGCCUUGAAGCCUCGUCCACGGAGACGGCCGGACCCUCAGCAGCUUCUCUGGCCCCCAGCCUAUCGUUCCUCUGUGUUUUCUGGACUUUCAGGAUCACACCUGCAGGAAAGCACGAGUUCCCCGGCAUCAGUCAGACCCCCCCCCGGUGUCCGUUUUGAUUCUUUUAUCCGUCAGACUCAGAAAAUGUAAACGUCAGAGAAAAAGUGUAAGAAGAGGCUCGGAUAGGAAGUGGUGCGUUCAAGACACAUUUUUUUCACAUUUCCACUCUUUUGUAAAUACUUUUUAGUUGUUUUUUCAAGAAUACCUGGUUAAACAGCCGACGCUCUGGUCUGUUUGUGCAGAAGCUGAAAGUCUCGCCAAAAUAAGAGGCUGCUCAAACAGAACUUAAGAUUUUUGAUGAUUCCACUUGAGCUUUAAGGGUCACAGCGGCGUGGUGGAGUUACAAAUGUCUCCUGUAACAUGUGUCCAUUUCACCAUUAAAGCUGUUUAACCAGAA